UCAGCUGGCAAAAGGGGCUUUUAGCUGCAUGCUCCUCCGUGUCAUGGUGCAAACAGGAAUACAUUCCACCAGGCAUGCACCACGAACAAAUGUCCAGCUAAAGUCGGAUUACGUAACAGGAAUUGGGUAUUUGUACAUUUUUUGUUUAAAUUGUUUUUGUGGAAAGUUGAAUUUAUGUCAGUGAAAUAAGCACUGCCCUUUGUAAACAUAUAUAUUGCGUGCGUAUUAAAAAAAAGAAACCCCGGGGCAAACAUCUUAACGGCAAUUUUUGUUCCAUAAUCAUUAACACAGCCGUGGUGCUUCGCCUUAAGAGUCCAACGCCGCGUGUACAAAAAAAAAGGAAUCUGGUUGAGAACAGCCUUUGCAGAGCCUGCGCGCAACACGAUGUGGUCUUCCUGCCUCUGGCUGGCCGGCACCCUCCUCCUGAGCGGCGCGGCGCUGGAUCGUGGCUCCGAGCGGCCGCACAACCCCGUGCCCUCGAGGCAGGGCUACCACCGGCUGCGACACGCCGGCUGCACCUACACAUUCCUCCUGCCGGAGCUCGACUCGGACUGCGGCAGCGGGGAAGACGCCGAGGCACGCCACGGCAUCCAGAGGGACGCCCCGCCGCUGGACGGGGACGCGUCCCUGCAGCGGCUGCAGCUGCUCGAGACGGCCGUGGCCAAUGCCACUCGGUGGCUGCAGCAGUUGGAGACACGCGUGCAAGAGAACGCAGGCAAGGCAGGCUUCCUGCACAACCUCUCUGUCGAAGAAGCCGGAGAUGUGGGCUCGAUGCUGUUCGCUUACAGCCAUGAGCAGAACCAGUGGAUAGCCAACAUCGAGAUGCAGCUCGUUAAUCAGACAUCAAAGUUGGAGAUGAAGAUUUUAGAAAACGCUCUGUCUAUGAACAAGCUGGAGAGGCAGGUGCUGAUGCAGAAACAAGCGAUUGAACACCUGCACGAGAAAAACAGCGUGCUGGAAGGGAGGCUCACAGCGAUGCAGGACAGCCACGAGAUGAAGCUCCAGUUGAUCGUGCAGGAGAAGCGGCAGCUCCAGAAGGUGGUGGAGGACCAGGCAGUCGUCGUGUCGCAGGUCGAGAGGCACCUGGAGGUGGCCGAGAGGAACAGUUCCCUGCUGCAGCAGCAGCAGCAGGAGAUGAUGCACACCCUGCACAGCCUCCUCAACAUGCUGACUCAUGCAGCAGUGAAUCAGCAAAGCGCCAAUGACGAAGUAAAGACUGAAUUCCAGGACUGUGCCGACCUCUAUCAUUUGGGGAAAACGAGCAGUGGAGUUUACAGCGUCUCGGUGCGGAACAUGAGCGAGCCCGUCAAGGUCUAUUGCGACAUGGAGACUGAUGGCGGUGGGUGGACUGUACUCCAGCGCCGGAAAGAUGGCUCCCUGGACUUUCAUCGCACCUGGAAGGAGUAUAAAUUGGGAUUUGGAGACCCCGUGGGCGAGCACUGGCUAGGAAACGAGGUGGUCCAUCAGCUGACCAGCCACAAGUCGUACGUGCUCAGGGUCGGACUCAAAGACUGGGAAGGCCACGAGGCGUUCUCUCUCUACAACAGCUUCGCGAUCGAGAGUGAGGCACACAACUUCAGGCUGCACGCGAGAGGCUACUCGGGCACGGCCGGCAAAUUCAGCAGCCUGGGCAUGAGCAACCCCGAGUUCAGCACCAGAGACGCGGACAACGACGCCUGCGCUUGCAAGUGCUCCCAGAUGAGCAGUGGAGGUUGGUGGUUUGAUGCUUGCGGCCCCUCCAACCUCAACGGAGCCUACUACGGUGGUGGCCAGUACAGAGGUCGCAUCAACGGGGUCAAGUGGCAUUAUUGGAGAGGGGUCAACUACUCCCUGAGAGAGACGGCCAUGAUGAUCCGGCCCAAGGACUUUUAAGCAGUCUUCCAUUUGCCCUUUACCUCGACAAAGAGCAAAACUUUUAAACACUUCAGGCGAAUAACAUGUUAAAGAAAAAAAUUGAAGCAUUUACGUUCAUGAAAAAAAUAUUUAAAAAUAAAGGUAUAUACUGUAUGUACAUUACUAAAACAUAAUGUUGAAGUCUGACACGAAGUAAAGAUACGUAUUAUAGAUCUGACAUUACUAACGAUGCACACAUUGUAAUUUAUAGAUGAAUAUUCGUUGCUUGUUUGUAAGCUUCACGCACACUUUCCAUGCUAUUUUAGCAGCUACUGUGUUUACAUGUCCAGCCUUAACGUGAGGUUAUCUGCCACACUUGCGUGUCAACCUCAUGGACAUCACGACUGGUCUGUGCGUGGAUCUGUUUUUUACUGUGUUAAGAGCAGUGCAAUGCUUUCACGUUCCUGUAAUUGCGAGCACUUACAUUGGCAUUGUGGGACUGCAAAAUUAAAUGAAAACAAACAAAAAAAUACUGAUUGCAUUAUUAAUCCCACGACGUGGAAGCUUUAAUACAUUUUAAAUUUUUGUUUAUUUAAAUUUGUGGUUUGGGGUUACAUUAUAUUAACGCAUGAACGUUUUCAAGCAUAUUCCAAAGGUCCUUCUUAAUUUUAAACACGUGGAUUUCUCUGGAUGAAAGCAAACUGAAGUGCACAUGUUUGUACAAAAUAAACAAUGUGAGCCUUGCACUUAUUGCAAGUUCAGCAUGUACUGUUAGCCCAUGGGCCGGAGCAGAAAUUGAUACCGCCUAAAAACGUAAGCAGUACCGAUUGAUUUACAUGACUAAUACGAGUGAAUUAUUUGAUAACUCACUCAUUUCACAUAAUUCACUGUUAUUGGUCAAAUAAACUGACAGGUGGUACCGACAAGUGAGACAUCUGGCCUGGGCUCGGGAACUGUGUAUCAAGGAACAAGAACAGAAAGGUUGACUGCUGGGGACUUCAGCCCUUCUGCUGCACCUGAUGGGUGUCCUCAUCUUGCGAUGCAUGUUCAUCUAAGUAAACCUCGACUCCUUCUUUGAGAAUUUAGCAAUUUCGAAAUCUCGUGAUUAAAGUGUUGACUAUUGAAGCCAGCCAGUUCCAGAAGCACGUUGCCUGCUUUUAACUUAUUUUUUUUUACUUUUUAAAACAACCUUUGCUCUAAUGUAGUGACAAUUAACAAGUUAAAAUGUAACAUUUUUGACGAAAUGCAAAAUAAAAAAUAUGUAAAGAAAUAAAAAUAUAU